GUCAACUCGACAUGACGGAGAUUAAAUGCAUCGUUGUUGGCGACGGAUACGUGGGUAAGACAUGUCUGCUCGUCGCCUACACGUCUGACGUCUACUCGCAACAGAACUUCCUCCCCUUGUUUAACAGCUUCUAUGCCAACGUAACGGUGAAUGGCGACCUGUUCAACCUACACCUGAUUGACACACCAGGAAUAGAGGAGUAUGAUCGCCUGCGUUCUAUUUGCUACACGAACGUCGACGUGGUUCAGAUCUGUUUCUCUCUAGAGAACCAGUCUUCAUUUGACAGCAUCCAUGCCAAGUGGUACCCAGAGGUGCGCCACCACUGCCCCACGGCUCCCAUCAUCCUGGUUGGCACUCAACUCGACCUCCGGGACAACAAGGAGACUGUGGAGAAGCUCAGUCGGAAGAUGCUUCCGCUCAUCACCAACGAGCAGGGCCUGGCCUUAGCGAAGAAGAUUGGGGCGGUCAAGUACGUGGAGUGCUCGGCACUCACCCGGAGUGGCAUCAAGACCGUAUUUGACGAGACCAUCAGUGCAGUGCUGUGUGACCCACCUGCCAUGAAGCCCAAGUCCAGGAGUUGCUGCAGGCUACUUUGAGAAAAAAAAACGCUCGUCACGAGGUGGCCACGAGGCUCAGGGGUCAAAGUGCUGAGCUUAGAGGUCACUUCUGAUAUGGUGCACGGGCCAGAGAAGAAAUUGGUACCGCAUUUACUUACAAGGCCAAUACGAGUGAAUAAUUUGAUCAUCCCCUCGUAUAAGAUUGUGAUUUUAUAAUUCACUCUUGUUGACCACAUACAGAUAUUGGAACUGCGAAAGUUAUUCGACCCCAGGAGAUAACGAUAAGUAAAUCAGCUAUGAUAUUAUAGAUGUGAAUCCAGGUUUCAGCCACUUGUGAUUAAACCGAGCUUCUGAAGUGUAGUGAGUUUCUGGCCUCAGCAGACUCACCAAUGACGACUGCACACACAAAGAUCUCGUUAGAAAUCUGGUUGUGCAACUUAGUUUGGCGAGUUUCCAACCCUGGUCAUGCAGAAUAUCACGUGACAAACAUUACUCCUGUAGAAGGAGUGUAUGUAUGUUGAAAUUAUUUCGCACCGUACGUAGCCAACCGCGAUAUUUGGAGUGGGAAAGUGCUGCCCCCUAGUGUGUGAAUAACAGCUCUCUGGGAUACACCUCAGAGGCAGUGACGUGCACUUGC